GUGCGCACGUCUGUACUCGCCUUAACCCGCCAUUACGAAUUACAGAUAUUUAAAAAAGUACUUUUCGCGCGAACUGGAAAGUGAAAAAUUAGUUACAGUGUCAGUUGGAUUGAUUUUAAUGUGUUUUGGGUUUUAUUUAGAAGGAACUUUGUAUCAUCUUCUUAACGUAACGAGCGAGGCACAAUGGGAGGGAGAAUUAAGGCGGGUCCGUACACAGUGGCCCCUUUUACCUUAACAAAAGAGAUAAACAUAACUUAAAGGAUCAAAAUUGAACAAAAUGUGAAAACAUGAGAGUUGAUAUCGACAUCGUAUUAAGCGAUACGCCACAGAACCUGACCCUCGACUUCAGAGAUCUAUCAACAUCAAUGUAUCUAACGGAUUCUUACGUCAACAAGAGUCUCGAGAUAAACGAGACGAUCAACGAUUUGGUCUACUCGAAUCAAUUCGAGGAUGACCCGAUCAUCGUGUUCUUUAUCAUUCUGAAGUGUAUCACAAUGCUCUUCAUAAUACUGGCUGCGAUAUUUGGUAAUUUGCUCGUGAUUGUAUCAGUCAUGAGACACAGGAAAUUGAGAGUGAUCACCAACUAUUUUGUCGUAUCGCUCGCGUUGGCGGAUAUGUUGGUUGCAAUAUGGGCUAUGUGCUUCAACUUUAGCGUCGAAAUCACAAAUGGACAAUGGCUUUUUGGAUACUUUAUGUGCGACGUCUGGAACUCUCUGGACGUUUAUUUUUCAUCAGCAUCAAUAUUGCAUUUAUGUUGCAUAAGCGUUGACAGAUACUACGCCAUUGUUCAACCUUUGGACUACCCAUUGAUUAUGACGACCAGCAAGUUGGGCAUCAUGUUGGCGGUGGUGUGGUGCAGCCCCGCGUUGGUUUCGUUUCUACCUAUAUUUAUGGGAUGGUACACGACGCUUGAACAUCUGGACUUUCGGAAAAGACACCCAAAAGUGUGCAGUUUCACGGUGAAUAGAGUGUACGCAGUGAUAUCCAGCAGUGUCAGUUUUUGGAUCCCGGGUGUGAUAAUGCUCUACAUGUACUAUCGGAUUUAUGUAGAGGCAGAUCGUCAAGAACGGAUGCUUUACAGGAGCAAAGUAGCGGCGUUACUCUUGGACAAGCACUUGCAAAUCAACGGGAUCUCGGUAGGCGACGUGAUGAGGGAACGCCAGAGUAUUCAGAUGCAGCCAAUGGCGAGUAACAAAAUGAAGAGAGAAAGGAAAGCAGCACGGACCCUCGGGAUCAUCAUGAGCGCGUUCUUGGCUUGCUGGCUGCCGUUUUUCUUAUGGUACAUAAUAACUGCUCUCUGUGGCGAGUCGUGUCCGUCACCACCGCCGGUUGUGGCUGCAGUCUUCUGGGUGGGAUACUUCAACUCGGCUCUAAACCCAUUAAUUUACGCGUAUUUCAACAGGGAUUUCCGAGCAGCAUUCAGGAAGACUUUAGACUCAUGUUGCAGGUCGAUAUGUGGUAACUUCGGUCGUCGCUACUGUCAUCAGAUGCACCGUCGCGAUCACCACUCCAACGCAUCAUCGGACAUCCACAUGAACAACUGCAUCAAGUCGACUUCAGCUGACGUACUCCGAGCACACCAGCCGUCAUGCUCGAGACCCGAAGACAUUAAUAUUGGAAGUUAAUUUAAUUGGUAUAAAGAGUUGGUUGUGAGCUUUGACAUCUUGUAUAUUUAUAUAUUUUUGUUUUCUUAUGGCAUUUUCGAAUGAUUCACAAUUUGGGUUUGUUAUAUUUUUUUUGUUUACGAUACAUUGGGUUACAUAUUUAGGAAGGUAGAUUGAUUAAUGGGCCAUCUGAUUAGAAGUGGAUAUGUCUACACAUAGACACGGACGUCGGACAUCGUAAGACUAGCCAUUCGUAGCAUGACCAUAAAAUUCAGGCUAGUCACGUUAAUGUUAAAAAUUUAUAAA